UAAAGGCGCAGUAGAAUCUUCAGCGUAGUGUCGUCUGUUUUGCAGUGCUCACUUUCAGCAAAUAAAAUCCGUGUCGUGGUCCAGAAAGACAAGGUUUUCGUGCCCAAAAUUCACGCGUGAAGGUGUGAAGAUUGCAGUGGCGUGAAGUGGAAUAGUGUGGCAGGUGUGCGUGAGGGUUUAGUGGGCAAAAUAGCAGUGUAGAUUGGAUUUUAUUGAUUUUCUGGGGUUUGCGAUUGCGAUGCGGGACUUGGCUUCCAAGAUGGCUGAACUGAAAUUUGAGGCUCCUCUGGCUCAAUUUGAGUUUGAGGACACUGACGAAUGGGGUCCCCUGGAGUAUCAAUCCACCAAUCUGACCAAUAUUCGCCCACAUCUCACCAAUCGCGACCUCGAGAUGAAUCUCAAGGAGAACGGGAAUGUGCCAUCUGAGACAAUCUGCGCAGAGGAGGCUCCCACCCUUCCGGAAACCACCUCCACUGCCGUCAAUCUCAUCCUCAAGGAGAACGAUAACUUCAAUGAGGCUUUUUCGGGUAGCCUCGAAGAUCUAGUCAACACAUUUGACGAGAAAAUCACUAAAUGCUUCGGCAAUUAUGAGGAAUCCGUCGCUAAUCUUGCUCCAGUCCAGAUCAGAAGUCAGGAGGACAUCAUGAAUGAGUGCCAGAUGUGGUGGACAAUCACGGGAAACUUUGGGAACAUCCUCCCGAUCGACUGGAGUAAGUCCUUCUCGCGCCAGAUGCAGUUACCGACGCUGAAUCUAAAUGAAAGGUCAGCAGAGAAGAGCGAAAGCGAGGUGAAUGAUUUGUGUUCAGAGGAUGAGGCUGUGGCCAAUGACUUGGAUAUGCAUACACUCAUCCUCAAUGACCUGGCCAGUGAGACAGUGGAGCCGAUUAAGACGGCUGAAGAGGUGAUUAAGGAGAUUGUGGAUAUAAUGGAUGAGGUGUCGUCAAUUGAGGAGGAAGAGGCACCAACAGAAAGCACCAGACUGGAGAAGACCAAAGAAAUAUUCGGUGAGAUCUUCUAUGAGGACAAACUGAAGACGCUCACAAUCUCACAGCUCAAUGAUCUCUACAUGGAAAUGGAGGUGCUGUUCCGGGAAUACUCAGAGACCCUGAUUGCCGAACUGGCGGCCAGGGAUGAAUUGGAAUUUGAGAAGGAGCUCAAGAACUCAUUCAUCUCGCUCCUCUUGGCUGUCCAGAAUCGACGUCGACAGUAUCACACUGAGAGAAAGCGCGACAAGAAUCGACAAGACGCUGAACCCAAGUACCUCACAACGGUUAUUCCAUAUCACAUGGAAGAUGGACCGCCACCUCAUCACAUUCUCCAGAUUCUCAUCAAGAUUCUCAAGGCAAUAAAUGAAGACAGUCCAACGGUUCCCACUCUCCUAACAGACUACAUACUCAAAGUGCUGUGUCCGACAUAGACAGUGGCUCAGCGUGUGGCAUGGACGAAGAGCCGGAAAGUGGGGGUGGAUGUGCUGAUGAAUGAAUCACAAUUGUGCUAUAAUUUUAUUUUAGAAGUGACUUAGAGUGCAAAAAUGCGGCAAAUUUCGAAGAAUCUCGGUGACUAUAUUCCCAUCUAAACUAUCUUUUCCUAGUCACAAAUUUAUUGCUAAUAGAAUUUAAGGGGAAAUCAAUCAAUUUUUGUCCCAAUUGACUAACAAUUGAUUGAAUUAUUUCACAGAUUCUGGUAAUUUUUAUUGGAACAAUCAAUGCUUUAUUUUAGAAAGUGCAAAGAUCAUUUGCACUUUCCAAUUACAGUCUUCAAGAUUGCUUCUUUUAUGGAAAUUUUUAAUGUAGGAACUGCUAAAAAUGGACAAAGUUAUGGUUAUGGGGUUUUGUUUGACAUAACCUCAAUUUAACAUAACCUAAAGAUGGUUGGUUUAUUUCUGUGGAUUUUGGUAAGGAACAAUUAACAAUUUUUAACAACUAAAUGAAUGUAGGAAUUCUACAUUCAUUUAAAUUUUUCUAUAUGCUGCAAAUAUUGGUUAAAUCUAACCUAACCUCACAUUUAAUAAUAGUAAUUUAGUAAUCUUUUUCCAAGCGAACGCAAUGCUCUACACUUUAGGAACAAUAAGCUAGAAAGUACCAUUUUGCUUCUUGGUGUUCGAUGGAUGAGUUUGUAAAAGAUAUCACUUUUAAGGUUAUGUUUUCUCAUAACCUAAAAAUCCAAAUUUAUAGCUCGUUUCUUCAAAAUGAAAGUGAAACAGAAUUUUCUUUGUGUCUGCAAUCGUAGCGAACGCCGUGUUAUAAACGGUGUUUGAUGGAUGAGUUUCUAAAUAUAUUGCUUUUAAAGUUAUAUUGUGACAUAACCUAAAAAUCUCAAAUUCUACAGUAGAGUUCCUCAAAUUUGAACUCCUCAAAUUUGAACGACAGUUGAGUUCAAAAUGUAAAAUUUGAGGUUAUGUAAAGAAAGUUUUGCGUAAAGUCUGAAUUAGAACCAUUUUUCUCUUUUGUUUCCUCAAUAUUAUCGUAUUAUAUUAACUUCCUCAAUAAAUUCCAUUUCUUUAACAAUAAAUUGCAUUGAUAUAUUCCCUAAAGUUAUCUUUCUAAAUUUAGGGAAAGUGCAUUUCACAUGAAUUCCGUUACGUUUUUGAAAAUAUCGUUCAAAUUUGGGGAGUGAGAAAUGUCAUCUGCACCCCCCAGAUGUUCAAAUUUGAGGAACUCUACUGUACUUCGUUUCUUCAAAAUGAAGGUGUUCCACCUAAAUUUUCUUUGUAUGUGCAAUUGUAAAAGAUACUUCUUUUAAGAUUAUGUUUUGACAAAACCUAAAAAUUCCAAUUUAUAGUUCGUUUCUUCAAAAUGAAAGUGUUCCAACUGCAUUUUCUUUGUACAGUAGACUCUCGCUAAUUCGGCUCCUUUAACAUCGGGCUACUUUUUAAUUCGGACGACAGUUAAAUUCGAAAAAAGGUUUGUUGACAUUUUUCAAAUUCGAUUAUGAAUAUCGAAUGAAGAAAAUUUGAUCAAAUUUGCCAUGUUUUGUCUCAGUUGUAAUGCGAUUUUGCAUUAUUGACGGGCUUUCAUAAAAUUUACAAUUAAUAUGAGUAUGUAAACUUAAUAUGAGUAUACAGAUAAACAAAAGAUCGUUGCAUUUCAAACAAUAUGAUGCCUGAAAUUCUCUCUAAUUUGGUUGACAUUUCGGUCCCAAAUGCCCGAAUUUGAGAGAUUCUACUGUAUGUGCAAUCGUAACAAACGACGCGUCAUGACCGUGUUCGAUAGAUGAGUUUGUAAAAGAUAUUACUUUUAAGGUUAUGUUGUAACAUAACCUAAAAAUCCCAAAUUCUAGUUUGUUUCUUCAAAAUGAACGUGUUCCAACUGAAUUUUCUUUGUAGGUGCAAUUGUAAAAGAUAUUUCCUUUAAGGUUAUGUUUUGACAUAACCUAAAAAUCCCAAUUUAUAGUUCGUUUCUUCAAAAUGAAAGCGUUCUAAGUGAAUUUCCUUUGUAUGUGAAAGAAAUCGUAGCAAACGACGAUGCAUUUAAAACAAAUGAACUGGAUUCUCUAAUUUGGCAAAGAAUUUCUCCUAAAAUUUCAGGUUAUAUAAGACUUAACCUCAAAAAGAAUAUUCUAACCUUAAAAAUAAAGUUAUAAAUGAAACUUUUCAAGCCCAAUGAGCACUUUGUGUGAAUUUUUGGUGAAGAUUCAGCUUAUAAAGGUGUUUUUGAGGAAAAUCUCUCACACAUUAUUGCUGAGAAAAUUAAACAGAAAAUAUAGGAAGCAUUUGGCAAUAAGCAAGCUGUUUUAAUAAAAUGUUUGCUUUGUAUUUUAAGGUUAGAAUUCGCUUCGAGUUAAUUUAAAAAAAAAUUAAAAUCAGUUUUUUCACAGUGGAUCAAUUAACUCUUUCGUCUCCUUUGGGACUCUGGGUACCCAUGGAAAAAAUAAUUUUUUUGGACUAUUUAGAAUCGAUAAAAAUCCGAUUCUUCUGGAUAAGUACAAACUAUAAGGAUGUCCAAAUCUAGGAUAUUUUUUGCAGGAUGCCAAUCAACUCCUGAGCUAACAUAUUUUUGGUCAAAAAUCUUGAAUUUUCGAUUUUCUGCUUCCUUGAAGAUAUUGUGACUUUUUUGAUAUUUCUAGACCCGAAUAAGGAAAAACCUCUCGGGGCCAAUAAGUAUGAUAACUAACAAUUACAGAUUGCAUAAAUUUGAAAAACAAUUCUUUCUUAAAUUUUCAAAAAACUUGUUCAAACUUGAUGGGAAUUCUCGUCCGCAAAAAUCUAGAGGUCAAAUGUGAGGUUAUCCCGCCAAUGGCCGCCAUUUGCUUUUUGAGACCAACCUUGUAAGAAAAUUCCAAAAAUAAUAAUUAUUCGUUUUGGAUUCACGAUUUUGAUCACUUUUUAGAGCAAUAUUUUAAGCAAGUGCAUCGAAUCCAACAUCUAUUACCAAAUGUACUAAGUGUCGUCAAAUUUUCAUCAGGCCAAAAAUACCUAUUUGGGUAAAUAAUUUGUGUAUUGAAUAUUUAAUUGCACUUGUGGAAUACAUAAAAUUUGUAUUUAGUCAAUUAAUAUUUCAUUUUAUAUUAUUUUUGUAUAAAAAUGAGGCAUGGCGAGAAGUGGUAAUAUUCUGGAAUUGAUUUUACCACCUGUCGCCAUAUCUUUUCAAUAGGCGACGCUAACUUCACUUCGUACAUUCUCAGUUGUCAAAUCUGCAUUGUUUACUUUCUGCAAAAGCCCCAUAAUUUGAUUUCUCAAAUAAAAGUGAAGAAAAAUAAUUUAAAGAGAGUAAUAAUAAAGUGAUCACAAGGAAAAAGAAAUGGUGAAUGUAUUCUUUUCAUAGCAUUGCCUAAAAUAACCGAGUGUGGUUCUUUUCAAGUGGGUGGCGAGAAGUGGUUACAAAUUUUACAAAACUGGCGAAAAGUGGUAAAAAGUGGCGACGAAAUAGUUAUUUUUGCAUUAUUUAUAAAAAUCAGUUUUUUAAGUAGUCCAGCGUUAUGUUCUAGGAUUAUUGUUUUCACGUAUAGAGCCAAUACAUCUAAGUAACUUUGUGUCAAAUUUGACUUAUCUUGUAACAAGGAUUCAAAAGUUAUGAUUAAAUGAAUUUAAUUUUUUCCUAAACAUGGCGAUAGCCGGUUAUUCCACCCUAAUGGUUAAAAUGUUGAGAAAGAGUCGAGAAAAUGUGGUGAAUAAUACUGCAGCGCCACGAAAUUGAUGCCCACUAAAAAGAGAUUCUCAUGGUAACCACCACGUUUUGAAUAAUUUAAGAGGUCGCCACCGUCAGGCCUCUAGAACCCCGAACUUUUUUGUUUCUGGGCCGAAAAUCGGAGAGCUCUCUCUAAAAACAUUGCAACAUAACCUCAAUGGAAUGGACAUUCAAUAGAAAAAUUCCAGAAUUUGAGGUUAGAAAUAACAUAACCUCAAUAUAAUCUUCCAUCGAAACUACAAAAUUCCAGCACAAAUAUCAUGAUCUUCAAGAGCACUUGGUGUUCCCAAUAAAAGUCACUCGAGUCUGCAAUAAAAGUGCUUGAUUGUUUAUAUUGCUAUAUAGUUUUAUUUUAUCAAAUAGCAUUUAGAUCUCUCUUUUAUUGAAAUUGUCUCUCUAAUCGGGGCAUGAAAAUUAAGUCUCGAGAAUGGGAAAAUCAAUAGUCACCUUAUUAACUCUUGCUGCAAUUUUUACUACAAUUUCUUUUUUUUUUUUUUUGCACUCUAGAAUGAAAGUGAAAAAGCAAUUGCGAAAAGUGGGAAGAGAUGCUUAAAAGAAAAUUGGCUUGAAAUCAUCCCGUGUUUUUUGUAGAGGAAACAAAAAGAGAUUUUUGAGAACAAAAAAAAAAGAUGCUAAAAUAGGGAGCUAAUUUAAAUGGAAAAAAAAAAUGUAAAAUGCUGUUCUACUUAGAAGAAUUUCUAAUGAAAAAAAAUUCAUCCCUCUUUCAUGUUGUAUUCCUCUCGAUAUUUAUUAGUCACUGAAGGAGGUUGCAAAAAAAAAAGUGAAAAUUUUCCCUCUAGAUGUGUAGCAAAGAAAACUCACACCCAUAAAUAAUUCUUACAUGUAUAUUAUGUAAUUGUAACAUAUGAAAAACAAACUAUGUACUUGUACAAGCUUCGGAGCACUUUUACAUGAUGAAGAGAAAAAAAAAAUUGAUGAAGAGAGGCGGACAAGAAAAAAAAUGUGAGACAUUUAAACGUGAUUCUAAUGCAGUAAAAAAAAAAGAACUUUUUAACUCUUAAUAAGAGCUUCUUAUUUCAUUCUAUAUCAACUCUAUAUAUAUUAUAUAUACGAGAGAGUUUUAUUAUAUAUUUUUAUAUUCUUUGUUGCAAUUUUUUUUUUGAUUUUUUUUUUAUUUGACUCCUUGUUUUAUUUACUCACAACUAUGAUAUUUAAUUAAAAAUUUUAUUGAAAGAAUAUUUCUUCUAAUGGCUCCAGCACACCUUUUAGAACAGGAAAAUUUCAUGAAGUCGAAAUUCGAAACCCUUUCUUUCUCACAUGUUUUGUAUAAUGACUGUCUCAUUUUUUCGCAUACUAAAUUCGAUUGAGCUAAAUUGAAUUUGGAGUGAUUUUUAAGAGAAGAAGAAGAGUACGAGAGAAUGAGAAAAACAUAUGCAAAACAUGUGAGAAAGAAAGGGAUCCGAAAUUCGACUUCAUGAAAUUUUCUUGAUCUAAAAGGUGUGCCCGAGCCUUAAAAAACAAAUUAGUCAAAGUUUUAUUUUUAUUUUGCGUCGAGCGCUAACUCGAAAUAAAUGUGUAAUUUCGUGUUUUAAUCAACUAGUAACUAAAAGGAAAAAACAUGAUUAAAUUAAGAUAUUUUAAAAAAAAAGUAGAAGGGAGAAUCUCGCUGGAGAGAAAUGAAUGGAGGAUUUUCUGUAAAAUUCUUUGUAAUGUUGCAAGUGAAUAACGAAUAAAAAGCUUUGAAAGUA